AUCAUGUGGAAAAGAGCUAAGACAUUGGCUGAUUUGAUUUGAAGAACUGCUAACAAUCAAGAGCGGACAAUAUGAAUCAAGUUUCUGCUCAUAAGAUUCAUGGCAACAAUUGAGAUGAGGUAAAAAGUUGGAUGUGUGUGUGUGUGUGUGAGCUAAAUUGGAGGAGGACCCAAGGGGUGGAGCUAAGUUGUGGGGAAAGCCCACCCUGCAUUCUCUCUCUCUCUCUCUCUCUCUCUCACACACACACAAAGUGAGUGAGUGUGUGUGUGUGGGACAGCUGCAGCGCUCGCUCCGGAGGCUGUGCACAAGCCAGGAGAAAGCCGAGGUGAGACGAGACGAGAACCAUGAGGACUCCACUUGCUUUGGCGCUCGGCUUGGCGCUCGCUACCGCCGCCGCUUUUCCCGCCAGCGUCAGCAUAGGAGGACUUUUCCCGGCCGGGUCGCACGAGCAGGAGGUGUUUCGUUUUGCCAUGGCGCAGCGCGGCGCCGACGUUCCCAAGCUGCUGCCCCAGAUCGACGCCGUCGACAUCGGCAGCAGCUUUGCCAUGACCUACGCUUUCUGUUCGCAGUUGGCCAAAGGCGUGCACGCGCUGAUGGGCGUGUACGACCAGAGGACGGUCAACACGGUGUCCUCCUUCUGCGCCUCGCUCCACGUCAGCUUCGUCACGCCGUCAUCGCCCACGUUGGCCGACGGCCCCUUCGUGCUGCGGCUGCGGCCGAGUCUGCGCGAGGCGCUCAUGUCGCUGCUGGACCACUUUGGCUGGCGUCGCUUCGUCUACAUGUACGGCGCCCACGAAGGCGUGUUGGUCCUGAAGAAGGUGUUGGAGCGGGCGGCCGAGCGAGGCUGGCAGGUGACGUCGGUCAACUUGGACUCGCUAAACGAGUCGGGCUUCAUCCAGCUGCUGGCCGACCUGGACUUCAAGAAGGAGUACCAAGUGGUUCUGGACUGCGAGUCGGAGCGCCUGGACGCCAUCCUGGGCCUGAUUUCGGCACAGAGAAGAAACCUGAAGAACUAUCAGUACAUCCUCCUCAACCCGGGCUUUGUGGAGCUGAACCUGACUGAGUUCCACGCGCUGUCCCCCAACGUAACGGGUUUCCAGCUGGUCAACUGGUCCCACGGGUCGGCGCUGAAGGUCCAGAGGGACUGGAUUAACUUUGACCCCAAGGAGGGCAAAACCACGCGGCGCGCUCUGCGGUACGCAGGCGCGCUAACCUACGACGGCGUCGGCGUGGUGGCGGCGGCCUUUCAGAGCCUCCGACGCCAGCGCAUUGACGUGGCUCGCCGCGGGAAUGCCGGAGAGUGUUUGGGGAACCCCCCCGCGCCCUGGGGGCAAGGCAUCGACAUACAGAGGGCGCUGCAGCAGGUGCGUCUGGAUGGUUUGACAGGUCGCAUUCAAUUUGACGAGAGAGGACGUCGGAGCAACUUUACACUCACAGUCAUGGAACUGAGCCGAACUGGACCCAGGAAGGUAGGUAUGUGGAGCGAGCAGAGAGGCUACAUAAACACGGCCCGGUACAAGCCUACCCCGGAGGAGUUCUACGGGCUGCAGAACCGCACCUACGUGGUCACCACCAUCCUGGAAGCGCCUUACAUGAUGCGAAAGAAGAACCACGAGCAGCUGGUGGGAAACGACAAGUACGAAGGUUACUGCGCCGAGCUGGCGGCCGAGAUCGCCAAGCACGUGGGCUUCGCCUACCGGCUGGAGCUAGUGGGCGACGGCAAGUACGGCGCCCGAGACUCCGUCAGCAAAAUGUGGAACGGCAUGGUGGGGGAGCUGGUCUACGGGAAGGCGGACGUGGCGGUGGCGCCGCUGACCAUCACGCUGGUGCGCGAGCAGGUGAUCGACUUCACCAAACCUUUCAUGUCGCUCGGCAUCUCCAUCAUGAUCAAGAAGCCCACCAAGUCCAAGCCCGGCGUCUUCUCCUUCUUGGACCCGCUGGCCUACGAGAUCUGGAUGUGCAUCGUCUUCGCCUACAUCGGCGUCAGCGUGGUGCUCUUCCUGGUGAGCCGCUUCAGUCCGUAUGAGUGGAAGGAGGAGGAGGAGGAGGAAGUUGAGGAGGAAACUCCGCCCACCUCUUCCAGACACGCCCCAGGACCAAACAGGCGGCAGUCCCCGAAAGACCAAGAGAAAGAGAGUCCGGAACACACCAACCACUUUGGCAUCUUCAACUCGCUCUGGUUCUCCUUGGGAGCCUUCAUGCAGCAAGGAUGCGACAUCUCGCCCAGGUCGUUGUCGGGUCGCAUCGUGGGCGGCGUGUGGUGGUUCUUCACGCUGAUCAUCAUCUCCUCGUACACGGCCAACCUGGCCGCCUUCCUGACGGUCGAGCGCAUGGUGUCGCCCAUCGAGAGCGCCGAAGACCUCGCCAAGCAGAGCGAGAUCGCCUACGGCACUCUGGACGGCGGAUCCACCAAGGAAUUCUUCAGGAGGUCCAAGAUCGGCGUCUUUGAAAAGAUGUGGUCGUACAUGCGCGGCGCCGACCCGUCCGUCUUCGUCAAGAACACGGACGAGGGCGUGAGCCGCGUGCGCAAGUCCAAGGGCAAGUACGCCUACUUGCUGGAGUCGUCCAUGAACGAGUACAUCGAGCAGCGCGCGCCUUGCGACACCAUCAAAGCGGGCGGCAACCUCGAUUCUAAAGGCUACGGCGUGGCCACGCCCAAAGGAUCAGCCCUCAGAAUUCCGGUGAACCUGGCCGUGCUCAAGCUCAAUGAGCAGGCCGUGUUAGACAAGUUGAAGAACAAGUGGUGGUACGACAAAGGUCAAUGUGGACACAAGGACGCCGGCCGGAAGGACAAGACGAGUGCGCUGAGCCUGAGCAACGUGGCGGGCAUCUUCUACAUCCUGAUCGGUGGCCUGGGCGUGGCCAUGAUGGUAGCCCUGCUGGACUUCUGCUACAAAUCGCGGCUAGAGUCGCGCAGGAUGAAGGAGCUGAUCGACGCCGCCAUGCUGAGCAGCAGCUUGGGCGGGGCCCUGAGCCUGGCGGGGGGCGGAGCCCUGGGCCUAGCAGGAGGCGGGGCCCUGAGCCUGGCAGGAGAGAACGGCGGCGCGGUGGCGCAGGAGUUGGCCCGGGCCAGCGCGCCCGGCUUGGCGUGCGCGAGCAAAGCCGCCGGACUGGGGCUGCCCUCCAACCUCACGUGAGGUGAGCGCCCUCUCGGACCGGCGAGCCUUUUAACGCUUGGCCAGCCGCCGAGAUAAAGCGAGCGCCGCCAACGUAUCAGCUGGCUUAAGGCCGGCAACACGAAACGUCUUCUACUGCUUCUUUUCGAGCCUGCCCUGUUGUGUGGAAGCUCAUUUGCAUUUUGACUUCUCUCACGUCUUUUGCUUGCUUGUUGAACACAAAUAAAAAGUUCAAGAACAAAAUGGA